AUGGGAAAUCGUGAUCAGCCGGACGCUUUUCAAAAUAAUAUUUUUUCCACCAAACCACUGUCUUCAUCAACAUACAUAUUAUUUAGUCUGUGACUUACUUUCAUCAAGUCUACAUGGCUUCAGAUGACGAUGAUUGGUUUUUUGACUCUGUCAGAAACUACAGAAACCUGUUUAUGUACGAUUUACAACACCCUGUAACAUGUAUGGACUGGGUAGAUGAUAAAAAUUUGGUUGUUGCGACAUCAAGUGAUGCUAGAAAUGAGAUAUUAGAGUUAUCUGUCCCUGACAAGCUUUUAUCUGAUGAUUCAGAGAGUGCUGGUUUGCUGAAAGACAGAGAUUUUCGCCAAAAGAAUGGUGGAUUCAGUACUAGCAAAAUAUGUUGUAUAAAACAUAUCCCUAAAUCAAGACAGGUGUGCACCAGUGAUGAAACAAAUACAGGAAUACAGGUUUGGAGAAUUGGAUCAAAUGGAACUGAUCUUAUUAAACCGAUUGAAAGUUUAAAAUCACAGCAUGUAGACACAAGUAACAAAAAAUGCUUUGCAAAGAUAGCUGUAAAUGAAGAUAAACCAGCUUGUAUUGUAUUUGGUUCUAGUCUGAAUAAUUUAUGUUGUUUGGAUUUAGAAAAAGAGACCACACAUGAGGUGUGUGAUAAAACAGAAUUCACUGAAACAUCAAUAAUCAGUGAAAUAAAAUUCAUGGAUCAAAACACAUUGAUAAGUUGUGAAAAUUCAGGAGAAAUUAGACUCAUUGACCUCAGAGUAAAGCAGGACAAAACAGACAAUAACAGAAAAAGCACUUCAAACCAAGUUUGUGACAAAUGCUCCAUAUGGACAAUGGAUAUUACAGUUGACCUAGUUUAUAGAUUGUCGUCUGCUGGAUCUGUUGUCAUAUCUGAUAUUAGAAAUGGAAGUGAUAAAAUCCUACAAGAGAUGAAUACACAACAACAGUCUAGGACAAAACAUACAGAUAUAAGUAUCAAGGCUUCUCCACAGCAAAAGCAAAAAGUAUCUCUGUCAGGAUUUGAUGGAAAUGUUUACAUUUAUGAUACACAGAAGUCACCAGUCCAUGAAUUUGGAUGCAGUUUUACUGAACCAAUAUUUAAUCAUCAAGGCCAUGUGAAGAACUGUUCCGACCAAUCAGAUGUUAUAAAAUCUUUAGCUCAUUUGUGGCAUCCAUGGAAACCAGAUCUGAUUAUGUCUUCAGGAUCUGAAGGAUCCUUACAUGCCUGGGAGUACUGUUUACCAAAUACAUGAUUAAAAUAUAGUGUCUCUAA